UUCAGGGUGCACAGGCACUGCCAAGAUGCUCUGGGGUCCCUUCUCUGCGCUCCUGCUCUGGGGGCUCUUGGGGGGCCUCCACGCCCAGCAGCAGCAGAUCAUCUCACCCGGCACCUCUGAGAGAAACAACAACUGCCCAGAGAAGGCCGACUGCCCUGUCAACGUGUACUUUGUGCUGGACACCUCAGAGAGCGUCACCAUGCAGUCCCCCACGGACAGCCUGCUCUACCACAUGCAGCAGUUUGUGCCGCAGUUCAUCAGCCAGCUGCAGGACGAGUUCUACCUGGACCAGGUGGCCCUGAGCUGGCGCUACGGCGGCCUGCACUUCUCUGACCAGGUGGAGGUGUUCAGCCCGCCGGGCAGCGACAGGGCCUCCUUCAUCAAGAGCCUGCAGAGCAUCCGCUCCUUCCGCCGGGGCACGUUCACUGACUGCGCCCUGGCCAACAUGACGCAGGAGGUCCGGCAGCAUGUGGGCAAGGGCGUGGUCAACUUCGCCGUGGUCAUCACAGAUGGCCACGUCACAGGCAGCCCCUGUGGGGGCAUCAAGCUGCAAGCCGAGCGGGCCCGGGAGGAGGGCAUCCGGCUCUUCGCCGUGGCCCCCAACCGGAACCUGGAUGAGCAGGGCCUGCGGGACAUCGCCAACACGCCACACGAGCUCUACCGCAGCAACUAUGCCACGAUGCGGCCCGACUCUACCGAGAUCGACCAGGACACCAUCAACCGAAUCAUUAGGGUCAUGAAACACGAAGCCUAUGGAGAGUGCUAUAAGGUGAGCUGCCUGGAGAUUCCCGGGCCUCCCGGCCCCAAGGGCUACCGCGGACAGAAGGGUGCCAAGGGCAACAUGGGUGAGCCAGGAGAGCCUGGACAGAAGGGCAGACAGGGAGACCCAGGCAUCGAAGGCCCCAUCGGAUUCCCAGGACCCAAAGGUGUCCCUGGCUUCAAAGGAGAAAAGGGUGAAUUUGGAGCUGAUGGACGGAAGGGGGCCUCUGGCUUGGCUGGCAAGAACGGAACCGAUGGACAGAAGGGCAAGCUGGGGCGCAUCGGGCCUCCUGGCUGCAAGGGAGACCCCGGAGCCCGAGGCCCUGACGGUUACCCAGGGGAGGCAGGGAGCCCGGGCGAGCGAGGAGACCAAGGAGCCAAGGGGGACGCUGGCCGCCCAGGACGCAGAGGGCCCCCAGGGGAUAGCGGGGCCAAAGGAAGCAAGGGGUAUCAAGGCAACAACGGAGCCCCAGGAAGUCCCGGCAUGAAAGGAGCCAAGGGCGGGCCUGGGCCCCGCGGACCCAAAGGCGAGCCUGGGCGCAGAGGAGAUCCUGGAACCAAGGGCGGCCCUGGCAGCAAUGGCCCCAAGGGAGAGAAGGGAGACCCUGGCCCUGAGGGGCCUCGGGGUCUGGCCGGAGAGAUCGGCAGCAAAGGAGCUAAGGGAGACCGCGGCUUGCCUGGACCCAGAGGCCCCCAGGGGGCUCUUGGGGAGCCCGGGAAGCAGGGAUCUCGGGGAGACCCUGGUGAUGCUGGGCCCCGCGGAGACUCGGGACAGCCAGGCCCCAAGGGAGACCCUGGCAGGCCUGGAUUCAGCUACCCAGGACCCCGAGGAACACCCGGAGAGAAGGGCGAGCCCGGCCCACCUGGACCCGAGGGCGGCCGGGGCGACUUCGGCAUGAAGGGAGCGCCUGGGAGGAAAGGCGAGAAGGGAGAGCCUGCGGAUCCUGGUCCCCCUGGUGAGCCGGGCCCUCGGGGGCCAAGAGGAGUCCCAGGACCCGAGGGUGAGCCCGGCCCCCCCGGAGACCCCGGCCUCACGGAAUGCGACGUCAUGACCUAUGUGAGAGAGACCUGCGGGUGCUGCGACUGUGAGAAGCGCUGUGGAGCCCUGGACGUGGUGUUCGUCAUCGACAGCUCCGAGAGCAUUGGCUACACUAACUUCAGCCUGGAGAAGAACUUCGUCAUCAACGUGGUCAACAGGCUGGGCGCCAUCGCCAAGGAUCCCAAGUCAGAGACGGGGACCCGCGUGGGCGUGGUGCAGUACAGCCACGAGGGCACCUUCGAGGCCAUCCGGCUGGACGACGAGCGCAUCAACUCCCUGUCCAGCUUCAAGGAGGCCGUCAAGAACCUCGAGUGGAUCGCGGGCGGCACCUGGACGCCCUCUGCCCUCAAAUUCGCCUACAACCAGCUCAUUAAGGAGAGCCGGCGCCAGAAGACCCGCGUGUUCGCGGUGGUCAUCACAGACGGGCGCCAUGACCCACGGGACGACGACCUCAACCUGCGGGCACUGUGCGACCGUGACGUCACGGUAACAGCCAUCGGCAUCGGCGACAUGUUCCAUGAGAGGCACGAGAGCGAGAACCUUUACUCCAUCGCGUGCGACAAGCCACAGCAGGUGCGCAACAUGACACUCUUCUCUGACCUGGUGGCCGAGAAGUUCAUCGACGACAUGGAGGACGUGCUCUGCCCGGACCCCCAGAUCGUGUGCCCAGACCUCCCCUGCCAAACAGAUGCACCACGGCCAAGCGGCGAGCCCCUGGUCACCUUCCUCCGCACGGAAGAGGGGCCGGAUGCCACCUUCCCCAGGACCAUCCCCCUCAUCCAGCAGUUGCUAAACAACACGGAGUUCACACAGGACCCUGCCGCCUACACCCAGCUGGUGGCCGUGCUGGUCUACACCGCCGAGCGGGCCAAGUUCGCCACGGGGCUCGAGCGGCAGGACUGGAUGGACCUGUUUAUUGAUACCUUUAAGCUGGUGCACAGGGACAUCACAGGGGACCCUGAGACCGUGCUGUCACUCUGCUGAAGCUGGGGCCCCCGCGCAUGCGUGGAAAUGUCAGAGCUGGCCCCUCGCCCCACUGUGUGAGCUUCGCAGGGCUACCUACCACAAACGGGGGCUCAGGACAGCAGGGCAUUACCCUCCCACAGUCUGGAGGCCGAAAGUCCAGAAUCAAGGUGUCAUCAGUGCUGGGCUCGUUGCAGAGUCUGGGGGCGAGGGUCCUUCCUGCCCCCUCCAGCUCCCGGUGGCUGCCGCAUUCCUAGGCUUGUGGCCACAUGGUUCUAGUCUCUGCCUCAUUUUCACAUGACGUUCUUCUCUUGGUGUCUCUCUGUGUCCUCUCUGGUUAUUAAGAUGCCAGCCAUUGAGUUUAAGGCCCACCCUAAAUCCAGGAUGAUCAUAUCUCAAGAGCUUAACUGAAUCUCACCCGCAAAGUCCUCCUUUGCCAGGCAUCCUUCCCAGGCCCCAGGGAUGUCUUGGGGGUCGUUGUUCAGCCGAUCACACCCCCACAGUCCAGCUGAGCUGUCAGGCAUUUGGGGAUGCUGGUGAGGGAGGAAUGUGCCAUGUGCUAGGGGAUGUCCCCCUGCCUGGUUCUGGUUGAGCCUCAGAGAUGUUCCCAGAGGCUGUGACAGCCUGGCUGCAGGUGUCGGCUUUGACUCUGCAUGCAGUGACGUGUGUGCUCAUGACCCUCAGGGAGCUGCAGGGAGGUGACUGGGGGUUGGGCAGCGAUGGCCCUUGUGGGGACCUGGUGGUCCUGAUGCCAAGAUGCAUUGGAACCAGCAUUGCACCCAUUAGGGAAAACUGCCAGGGCCACGACCACCAUACCCCAGUCCUCCGGCGUCUUUUUCCUUUCACCCAACCUCUGGGUAUCCACAGACAUGGGAAGGGGGCGGCAGGGACGACCCAUCGCCAAGACGCAGCCCCCUGGAGCCAGCUCUCUGAGUGCAAGGAACCUGUUCGGGGCCUGGGCUGCGUCGCUGCUCCUGCCUGCGCAUCCCUCCGGCUCAGGGUGGGGUCGUUUCUCCAGGGCAGGGGCGGGCCACGCUUCCUGCUGUGGGGGAUCAGCGGCAGGAGCAAGGACCCCCCCAGUAGGACAGAGCAGAGCCCGUGGCCUCCCUGGUCACCAGCCCUGUGGGUGUGGGUGCACUGAGGAAAACUCCCCCAAACCUCCGCCCUACUGCAGGUCUGUCCUGUGUUUGUGGUGACAACAGUGAACAUGUCUGUUGACUCUUGGGCUUGGGAAGUCCUGUGUUGCCUGAGAACUCACGGGGCACUUCGGCAGGCCCCAGCCGCAAGUCCCCAGACCCAAAGCUGCUCUUUCUUUGCGCCAAAUAAGCUGCGUCGUCAAUAAGCUUGCUAAAGAAGAAAGCUGUCCACCCACGAGCGCCGCCCAGGGCACGUCUGCAGGUGUGGCGAGGGGGCCGCAACACUCUAUAAAACCUGAACGUGUAAAGUG